CUUAAUGUAGCAGGAAUACCAACAUUACAACGCUACAUUUGGUUGCAAUUUAUCUCUAAGGGGACAGGAUACAUCAUGGAGAUAGUUUAUGUCUACACAAAGAAGCGCAAUGAGUUUGGCCGGCAGUGUAAUUUCUCCGACCGGCCAGCUGAGCUGCACGUGGACAUCCUCCCAGAUCCUUCACUGGCUGCCAGCUUCAUAGAGAGAGACCCCUGUGAUGUUCCAAUACAGUGCACCCAAGAGAUGUCUGAGCAUGAGGUGAACACGGAGCGCUUUGAGUCUGUGAGCCGGGGAAUCAACCAUGUGGAGGGGGGCUGGCCCAAGGAUGUCAACCCCCAAGAGAUGGAACAGACCAUCCGCUUCAGGAAGAAAGUGGAGAAAGACGAGUUUUAUGUCAACACCAUCAUGCAGCUGGGCAGUCAAAUGGAGCACUGCAUCAAGCAGAACAACGCCAUUGACAUUUAUCAAGAGUACUUUGAGGACGAGGAGGUGGUGGAGGAUUCUGAAGAGCAACCAUCCGCCAAAACCAUCAAUGUUUUCAGAGACCCCAAUGAAGUGAAGCGCACGGCCACCAGUGUCUCCUGGCAUCCUGAUGGGAGCAAGCUGGCUGUGGCCUACUCCUCACUCGAGUUCCAGAAAGCCACCAAAGACAUGAGCCUCGACUCCUACUUAUGGAACAUCGAUAACCCCAACAAACCGGACAUGGCCCUGAAGCCGGUGUCUCCUCUAGUCUGUCUGGAGUACAACCCCAAAGACUCCCACAUCCUGGUUGGAGGCUGCUACAAUGGCCAGAUUGCCUAUUGGGACUCUCGCAAAGGGAGCCAGCCUCUGGAAAUGUCCACAAUAGAGCACAGCCACAGAGACCCAGUCUACAAAGUCAUCUGGUUGCAGUCCAAGACUGGAACAGACUGCUUCUCCGCCUCCACCGACGGCCAGGUGCUGUGGUGGGACAUCCGGAAGAUGAGUGAGCCCACUGAGAAGCUGGUACUGGACCCCAGCAAGAAGGGCAACCUGGACAACUCUCUGGGCGCCAUCUCCCUGGAGUUUGAGACCACCAUGCCCACCAAGUUCAUGGUGGGGACCGAGCAGGGCCUAGUGGUCUCCUGCAACCGCAAGGCCAAGACGCCAGCGGAGAAGAUCGUGUGCACCUACAGCGGCCACCACGGCCCCAUCUACGCCCUGCAGAGAAACCCCUUCUUCCCCAAGAACUUCCUGACCGUAGCCGAUUGGACGGCUCGCAUCUGGUCCGAGGACAUCAAAGACUCUUCCAUCAUGUGGACAAAGUACCACAUGGCCUACCUGACCGACGGCUGCUGGAGUCCGGUGCGACCGUCCGUCUUCUACACCAUCAAGAUGGACGGCACCCUGGACGUGUGGGACAUCCUGUUCAAACAGAACGACCCCACCCUCAGUCUGAAGGUGUGUGACGAGGCUCUCCAGAGCCUGCGGGUGCAGGACCAGGGUCACCUCCUGGCCUGUGGCUCUCAGCUGGGCACCACCACCCUGCUGGAGAUCUCCCCCGGCCUGUGUACCCUGCAGAGGAACGAGAAGGCCCUGGUCACCGCCAUGUUCGAGCGAGAGGCCAAGCGCGAGAAGAUCCUGGAGGCGCGGCAGCGCGAGAUGCGCCUGAAAGAGCGCAGCCGCUCGGAGCAGAGCAAGGAGGACGACGGCGCCAAGGACCCGGACGGCGAGGAGAGCGUGGAGGAGCUGAUCGCGCGCGCCGAGGCCGAGUUCUACGAGAUGGUCGACGCCGAGCUGAAGAAGAGAGAGAAGGGAGACAGGCAAAACAGGGAGAAGGAUGUCUGCGAAGAAAAAGAUGUCCGAACGGGAACACCUUGAUGACCACAUGAUUACAAUAUACUAUAAUAUCAUCUAAAGUGAUCUGAAAUAAAACACUUUUAUUAGCCACACAGC